UGCCAUGUGUCGUCAGAGAUUCCCUCUUCCCUUCCUGCCUUCUGCCUUCUGCCUUCAUCUUCACGAGUCAAAACUCAAAACCAUUCGAGCUUCCUUCCAUCCCUCAGACACUGCUACGUAUCAAUCGAUCCCUCGCAUUCCAACGCUCUUUCACAUAGAUCCGAAAAUUUCUCUCUCCAUUCCUUCUCACACCUCACUCGUCGUCAUUCUCAAGCACCCCAUUUCAUUCGUCUCAUCAUAAAACUAUAAAAUAAUCGAGUUGUUGAGUUUUGACCCAUUCAAUUGACUUAAGCAAGAUAAUAAUUUUUCACAUUCAUCUGAAUUUCAACAAUUCUUCAACACUCCGAUCUGGGUCUCUCUCUUUAUUGAGUUUCCGCUUUUCAUUCACCGGGGUAGGUUUGUAUAUUCUAAUUAGGGAUCUUGAAUCGUUUUGGGUUCAUAAUUAUUAGUGCGAUUUGGCGAAUUUAGGGUUUUGAUUACAUGGGUAAACAUUCCAGUUUAUUUUAUAUCGAAGGUUCAUAAUGCAAUUAGGAAGUUGGGGUUUCAAGCUAUCAAUAACGUUUAUAUUGAGGAUCAAAUUGAUUGGAUCGCUGGAUUAGAUGAUAUAUAUUGGAUUGUAAAGCUUCAUAUCUGGAAACAGUUAUGGGGUGUAUGUGCUCGAAAGGAAUAUCAGCAAAUGAGUAUUCAGAGAAGGAAUCAAAGAGAUCAUCAAAACGUUUCCUCGGUUCUUCAAGAAGGGAUGAAGUUGCAGUGGACGUUGAUAAUGGCAGCAAUGAAGCUACUGCUAGGCUAAUUUCAGAGGGUAACAGAGAAAACACAGCAAGUUCAGGGCAAACACCAUGGGAUGAAGGGGAGAGAAAGAGUGUGGUUUAUGAGCAGCAACCUGUGGUGCAAGUGCAACCGCUUGUGCAACUAUCUCAAAAACCUGCAAAAACUGAAACCAAGGGAAACGGAGAGAUACACCAGCCUGAAAUCUGUAGAACAUUUAGCGUUGCCAAUGGAUUUGAUGGUGCUCAAGAAGCUGCUGGUUGGCCUUCUUGGCUCACUGCUGUUGCCGGGGAAGCCAUUAAAGGAUGGUUGCCCAGAAGAGCAGACUCAUUUGAGAAAUUAGACAAGAUUGGACAGGGGACUUACAGCAGCGUGUACAGAGCUCGAGACCUUGAAACUGGAAAGAUUGUUGCUUUAAAGAAGGUAAGGUUCACUAAGAUGGAUCCAGAAAGUGUUAGGUUUAUGGCAAGAGAGAUUAUUGUUCUUCGUAGGUUAGACCAUCCAAAUGUGAUGAAGCUUGAAGGUUUACUGACAUCUAGGGUUUCGGGGAAUUUGUAUCUUGUAUUUGAUUACAUGGAGCAUGAUCUUGCUGGACUUGCAGCAUCUCCUAUGAUUAAGUUUACUGAAUCACAGAUAAAAUGUUAUAUGAAACAAUUACUUUGUGGGCUAGAACAUUGCCACAAUCGUGGAAUCCUACAUCGUGACAUCAAGGGCUCAAAUCUUUUGAUUGACAAUAAUGGGAAUUUAAAAAUUGGGGAUUUUGGUCUAGCAACUAUUUUUAGCACAAAUCAAAGGCAACCUUUAACAAGUAGAGUUGUUACUUUGUGGUAUCGGCCUCCUGAGCUUUUAUUAGGUGCUACUGAUUAUGGAGUAGCUGUUGAUUUGUGGAGUGCUGGUUGCAUCCUUGCUGAACUUUUUGCUGGCAAGCCUAUAAUGCCUGGAAGAACAGAGGUGGAGCAACUACACAAAAUUUUUAAACUUUGUGGUUCACCAUCUGAAGAGUACUGGAGAAAAUCAAAGUUGCCUCAUGCCACUAUUUUUAAACCACAACAGCCUUAUAAACGGUGUGUGGGUGAGACAUUCAAGGAUUUCCCUCCAUCUGCUUUAAUGCUUUUGGAUUCUCUCCUUGCAGUUGAACCUCAUAACCGAGGAUCUUCUUCUUCUGCACUUCAUAGUGAGUUCUUCACAACAAAGCCUUUACCUUGCCACCCUUCAAGUUUGCCCAAGUACCCACCAAGUAAGGAGUUUGAUGCCAAAAUGCGGGAUGAUGAAAUGAGAAGGAGUAAAGCAAGUGGUGGAAAACCACGUGGAGUGGAACCGUUAAGAAAUGGUACAAGAGAAUCAAGAGCUCAGCCAGCACCCGAUGCUAAUGCAGAAUUGCAUGCAUCCAUACGGAAGCGACUAGAACAACAAAACCCUAAAAGUAGUAGUGAGAAAUUCAACAAUGAAGAAGAUACUGAGUCUGCAGGCUCAUUACAAUAUGGCAUCUACAACAAUCGAUCAAAUUCAAAGCAACCCGAAGGCCUAGAAAAGCCCGAUGAGCCUCUUCAAGUUGGGCUUGAUUCGGCCCAACACUACAAACGUGGGGCCCAAUUGUCCAAGUUUUCAAAUUCGUUAGCUUGGCAUGGUAGUUCACGGUUGGACCAUAGUAAAGGUAAUAGUUCACAUUGGCCCGAAGAUCGUCCAAAUGGAAAGUAUCACCAAUUAAAUGAUGCUGACGUGGAAUCAUCUCACCAAAUGGAUGCCCCUAAUUGUUCUUUCAAGAAGCAUGAACAUCCACCGGGGAAGGGUUAUGCCCCGAAGAAAAACCGGAUCCAUUAUUCUGGCCCAUUAGUUCCUCCUGGUGGAAAUAUGGAUGAAAUGCUUAAAGAACACGAAAGACAAAUUCAACAUGCUGUUCGUAAAGCGCGCUUUGACAAAACCAAGACCAAAAAGGGCCACACUGAUAAUGGUCAAAGGGAGUCAUUAUUGCAGUAUGGAGGAAAUUUUAGAUGAAAUUUAUUUAAAUAGAAAAAAAAAAUUAGAUAAAACAAACGAAAUCAUUACGUUUCAUCAAGAAAUGGUACUUCCGGACGGGGUUUUUGUCAUGUAUAGCUUUAGCCUGGUUUUAAAGAUUUAAUGUAAAAGGUCGAAAAAGUAUUUAGAAAAAACUUUAAAACAAAGACACAUGUAAUCUUUAUAUUGGAUAGUUGGCGAAACGCCCAAAUGAGAACAAGUACAGGCAA